AUGGUGGGCUGUUGGAAAAAUGAAAAUUUAAAUAUUCAAACUGGUUUCACAGUCAAGGUCGUCGCUGCUAGCGGUUUUUGCAUUUCCGCCGCCACCGCUGCCGCACCACUCGCACAAAUAAAGAAACGCCGCGCGAUGCCCAUUUCCGUGUGUGCUGUUGUUGGUGUUAUGAUUUUGAUUAUGUCGUCGAUGUCGUCGGUGGAUGCUACCCGCAUUGGCGGCGACAACAAUAACAACAGCACAUUGCCACAUAGACGUGCCACACGCGCCACCGUCGAAUGCAUGCAAGAUGCGCGAUUCUAUCGCAAUCCGCAUCGAGCAGUCCACAAGAUAUGGACAAACAAUGAGUGUGCCAAGUAUUUUCUCUGUCUCGAUGGGGAAGUGUUCGAGUUCAAGUGCUCGGAGGGACUGCUCUUCGAUGUGGUGCGCCAGAUAUGCGACUUCAAGGCGAAUGUGGACAAUUGUGAUGUCAGUGCUGAGACGCCAGCACCAAAACCAUUGCUGGAAAUGGCCGAUUGUGCUGAUGAGACGCACUUUGGCUGUGCUGAUGGCACCUGUCUGCCGCAUGAAUAUUUCUGCGAUGGCUCUGUAGAUUGCCCCGAUGGGUCCGACGAGGGUUGGUGUGAUGUGGAACACGAUCCGAACGCAGCUGGAGCUUGUGAUACACGCAAAUGUCAAUUGCCACAUUGUUUCUGCUCCAAGGAUGGCACACAGAUACCCGGAGGAUUGGUGGCUCGGACAGUGCCACAAAUGAUACUCCUAACAUUCGAUGAUGCUGUCAAUCAUGAGAAUUGGGAGCUUUACUCGAAGGUCCUAUUCACCCAAAAUCGGCGCAAUCCCAACGGCUGUCCGAUCAAGGGCACCUUUUACGUCUCACACCCGUUCACGAACUAUCAAUAUGUACAGAAACUGUGGAACGAUGGGCAUGAGAUUGCCGUGCACUCCGUGACUCAUCGUGGUCCGGAGCUCUGGUGGUCUAAAAAUGCCACUAUUGAGGAUUGGUUUGACGAAAUGGUGGGUCAAGCCAACAUCAUUAACAAAUUUGCCAGCGUUCGCAUGGAGGAGAUUCGUGGCAUGCGUGUGCCUUUCUUGCGUGUGGGCUGGAAUCGUCAGUUUCUGAUGAUGAAGGAGUUUGGCUUUGUUUACGAUGCUUCUAUGGUGGCACCACAUUCCCAUCCGCCACUGUGGCCCUAUACUCUCGACUACAAGAUGCCACACACCUGCACGGGUGUAAAUCAGAAUUGCCCCUCACGCAGCUAUCCGGGCAUUUGGGAGAUGGUCAUAAAUCAAUUGGAGGCCGGUGAGUACACAUGUGGCAUGGUGGAUAGCUGUCCACCGCAUUUGGAUGGCGACGAUAUCUAUCGCAUGUUGACGCACAACUUCAAGCGACACUAUCUGAGUAAUCGCGCGCCCUUUGGGCUGUAUUUUCACUCCACGUGGUUUAAGAAGAUCGACUACUUGAAUGCAUUUUUGAAAUUCCUGGAUGAUCUGCAAAAGUUGCCGGAUGUGUAUUUUGUCACCAAUCAACAGGCUAUACAGUGGAUGCGGCAGCCCACGCCCAGCAAUCAGCUCCAUCAAUUUGAGUCGUGGCAUUGCAAACCCAAGCAGCUUGACACGCACGAGCAGGUCUGCAACAUACCCAAUACCUGUAAAGUGAGGAGCCGUGUGUUGCAGGAGGAUCGUUACUUCUACACAUGCAUGGAAUGCCCGGCACAAUAUCCCUGGAUACGCAACGAGUUUGGUCUGGACUGA